AUGGGGGAGGAUGACUCUUCUAAUCCUCAUGGCAGUAGCACCACUGCUUCCUCCUCUCCUUCUCAACUAACCAUAGCCGAGUUGGGUGCCCAGGUGGCUCAACUAAUGCAGAUGCAGACUCAUACUUCAAACUCGAUCCUAAAUCAGGAUCCUACCAAGAUGACCCUGACCCCGACUCAGACGACGACCCUGAACUCGAAUCACACGUCGACCUUGAACCCGAAUCAAACGACGAUUCCGACGACAAUUACCUAUGAAGCUUCUGCUGCACAGAUUGGCAUAAAGUUGGAUGGCACCAACUAUGCCCUAUGGUCCCAAGUUAUCGAGUUGUAUAUCUCCAACAAAGACAAAUUGGGAUAUAUUAAUGGCAAUCUUCCACAACUUUUCCUCGUAGGCGCACUGAGAACUCUAUUGUGA